AUGCUGCAUCAGUAUGUUCGCCAGUUUGGGCAGAAGCUGGUCCACAGGCGAGGGGAAGACACCAUAAAGGAGUCUGACGGUUUUGUGGUUCACCUGAAUGCCAUAGAACUGGUGUUCUUGGGUGUGGCAAGGAACCUGGGAGCCGGCCUGUACAUCGUGGUUGGUGCCGUGGCCAAGUACGUAGCUGGACCAGCAAUUGUCGUCUGCUUCUUGGUGGCCGGCCUGUCUUCCCUGCUGUCCAGGCUCUGCUAUGUGGAGUUUGACGCCCGGGUCCCACGCUCCUCUUCUCCCUAUGUCUGCAGCUACGUCACGAUGGGGCAGCUCUGGGCUUUCGUCGUUGGCUGGAACAUCAUAGUGUUAUUUUUAUCUGCCACUGCAUGUACAGCCAUGGCUUGGAGGUACGCCUUUGACAACCUCAUUGGGGACCGCAUCUCUCAGGCAUUGGAGGGAACUUUCCCUCUGCAUGUGCCCUACUUACUGGCCACAUAUGCAGACUUUUUCACACUGGGCCUGGUGCUGUUGCUUGCAGUACUGCUCCCUCUAGGCGUUCCUGAGUCAGCAUGGGUUUACAGAGUGUUCACAGGCAUCAACAUUUUGGUUCUCAGCUUCAUCAUCAUCUCUGGCUUCAUUAAGGGAGACCUGCACAACUGGAAGCUCACAGAACAGGACUACCAAUUGGCCACAGCUGUAUUCAUUCAUAGGUUAGGAGUGUUGGGCCCUGUAGGUGUUGGAGGGUUUGUGCCUUUUGACUUUGAGGGGGUUCUCCGAGGAGCAGCUACGUGUUUCUAUGCAUUUGUCGGUUUUGCUGCCAUUAACCCUAGAGAGAGAGGAGACCUAAAGCCUCAGCGGUCCAUCUCCCUGAUCUCACUCCUGAUGUGCUUUUUGGCCUAUUUUGGUGUCUCAGCGGCACUCACCCUCAUGGUGCCCUACUACCAGAUUCAUCACCACAGCCCCUUGCCCGAAGCUUUUCUCCAUGUAGUCUGGGGCCCUGCCAGAUACGUCGUGGCUGUUGGUGUUCUCUGUGUUCUCACGUCCAGCCUCCUGGGUGACAUGUUCCCCAUGUCUCGGUUAAUCUGCGCAAUGGCAGAGGACGGGCUCCUUUUCCGGGGACUUGCCCAAGUCUACACUCACACAAAAACCCCCAUCAUGGCCAUCAUGUAUUCUGGAAGCCUUGCAGUGAAAAUGGCAUUACUCUUUAAAUUCAGUGACAUUGUAAACCUCAUGGCAGUUGUGUCCCUGCUCGCUUACUCCAUGGUGUGUUUCUCGGUCCUUGUUCUCAGGUACCAGCCAGACCAGAAUUUAAGCAAGAAGGGGAAAACAGAGAAGGGAAAUGAGACUUCUGAUCUUGAAGCAAGUCCUUCAGAACCUGUACCUGAAGCAGGACCUUUAAGGAUUCUAAAGAGUCUGUGGUUCCCUACCAGCACUACCCCCACCCAGAUAUCUGGGCAGAUUGUCUAUGGAUGUGCCUCUCUGCUUGAUCACAGCUCCUCAACUCCAUCUAGGGUGCGGUGUCAGAAUCUCUACCAGUUCGGUCAGAAGCUGGUCCGCAGGCGGCCGCUGGAGCCCACUGAGGAUUCUAAGAGUCCCACGGCUCCUCUGAACAUCUUGAAGCUGGUGGCCUUCGGUGUGGCCAGCACCCUGGGGGCUGGCGUAUACAUUCUGGUGGGAGAAGUGGCCAUGUUCAUUGCUGGACCAGCGAUCAUCAUCUCCUUCUUGGUGGCAGCCCUGUCUUCUGUAUUGUCUGGGCUCUGCUAUGCCGAAUUUGGGACACAGGUCUCAUGGACUGGUUCUGCGUAUCUCUACAGCUACAUCACCAUGGGAGAAUUGUGGGCAUUCACCACUGCCUGGAACCUCAUACUGUCCUAUGUCGUUGCCACUGCCUGUAUAGCCCGGGCCUGGAGUGCCACCUUUGACAGCCUGAUUGGGAACCACAUCUCUGAGGCAUUAGGGGGAACUUUCUCUCUGCAAAUGCCCUACUUCCUGGCCUCAUUUCCAGACUUUCUUGCCCUGGGCCUGGUGCUGCUGCUCACAGGACUACUGGCUCUGAGAGUUUAUGAGUCAACCCUGAUUUACAAAGUGUUCACAGGCUUGAACAUUUUGGUUCUCAGCUUCAUCAUUGUCUCUGGCUUCAUUAAGGGAGACCUGGACAACUGGAAGCUCACAGAACAGGACUAUACAUUGGCAGCUGGAGCUGGUGAUGCCUCUAGGUUAGGAGAGCACACUUGGUUGUAG